AUGAGUAAAAAAAUUAUAGUAGAAAAGUGUUUGACUGUAUUUAAAGGGUUAGGAGCCUUGCCAGGUAAGCCAUAUUACAUAACAAUAAAUGAUAAUGUAAAACUGAUUGUAUGUUCUAGUAGAAAAAUUCCCUAAGUCUCAGAAUUAGUAAAUGUAAGGAAACCAAACAACAGUCUUAGAUUUUGUUUAGACCCAAAAAAUUUAAACAAAGCUAUAAAGUGUAUAACCCAAUCCCCAGUGUUGAUAAAAUAUCAGCCGGAUUGAGUGAAAUAAUAUGAUUCAGCGUUGUAGAUUUAAAAGAUGGAUUUUUUCAAGUAUUACUUGAUGAAGAGAGUGGUAAACUAUGUACAUUUGCAAUACAUUUAGUAAGGUAUAGAUUCUUAAGGAUGCACUUUGGUACAAGUUCAGUUUUCAUAGAAAAACAAGUGAUAGUUUCGGUGAUAUGAAGGUGUCCCUACUUAUUUUUAUGAUGUUAUUAUAGGCGGAAAAACAGAAGUUGAGUAUGAUGAGACAUUAUUAAAAGUACUAAAACAAGAAAAAAAGCUUAGUAUUAAGUUAAAUUUAAGUAAUCCCAGUUCAGGCAGAAAGUAGACAAAUAUUUAGGUUUAGUGAUUUCAGCUGAAGAAAUAAAAUCCGAUAAUAACCAGGUGGAAGCAGUAGCAACGUUCAAAGAUCCAACAACCAAGAAAGUGUUACUUAGAUUUUUAGGUAUGGUAAAAUAUCUUGUCAGUUCAUAUCAAACUUGAAUAAAAUAACUGCACCACUUCACAGGUUCACUAACAAUAACGUCAAGUAUAAGUGGACAAGUGAACAUAGUGAUGCAGUAGAGAAAUUAAAAAAGGCCUUAAUUAUUGCCCCUGGUCAUAAAAAUGCUGGAAAUGAAAGACCAGUGUUAAUACAAACAGAUGCUUCUAAAGAUGGGAAUAUACUCAGCUUUAUUAAAAGGCGGACAUAUAGUAGCUUAUGCGUCAAAAAGUAUGACCAAGUACCGGAUGAGAUUAGGUUAUACUGGAAAAUUAAAAUCGAACUGUUUGUAAUGGUUUAGUGUUUUUAGACAAUAAGAUUGUAAAUUACUGUUAGGAACUACUCUUCCUGAAUCAAUAAAGAAAGAAAUGCUGAGUAUUAUACAUGAAGUACAUUGAGGAGUGGGGAGUAGUUAAAUUAAUAUUGCUGUGUUAGAAUGUUAUGUGUGUCAAAAGUUGCAGUCUGUGGAAAGAGGAAAGAUCCACUGUGUCCUUACGAAAUUACAAAUGGUCCAUGGGAAAAACUAGAUACAGACAUCUUAAAAUUUAAGCAAAAAUUAUUCUUGGAAAUGGCAAAUUAUUACUCUAAAAGUGUUGAGUCAAUAAAAAACAAGUAUUUUCAAGAGUUAAUAGGGAAAUUACAACUUAUGUUCGCAAGGUUUGGUAUAGCAAACACAAUCAUAGCAGAUAACUUUCCAUUCAGUAGCACUGAGUCUAAAGAAUUUUCAGAAACAUAGAACUUCAGUAUAAAAACUACUAGUUUCAAUCAUGCGCAGUCAAACGGAUUUGUAGAAAAGUUUAUAGGUAUUUGUAAAAAAAUAUUAAAAAAAUGUUUAAUAACUAGUAGUAGUCCGUUAGUAGCCUUAUUAAAAUAUCGUAAUACACCUAUUAGUGAAUUAAAGUUAUCACCAGCUUAGCUGCUAAUGUCUAGGAUACUUAAAGAUAUGAUUCCAAUUGUGUAUAAUGUAUUAAAACCAAAAUAAAAUGAUGAGUCGUAUGUUAAAAAACAGUUAAAAAAAAAAAAAAAAAAACACUAUUAUAAUAGAAAUACGUUUUCAAAUAAAGAAUUUGUUGGAAAUCAAAUAGUAUUGAUUUUAAAGAGUGGAUGCUUGGUACUAUAGUGGAAGUGUUAUAUACACUAAGGUCAUAUUUGGUGAGGGACAAUACAGAAAAAGUGUUGAAGAGAACAAGUAGAUUUAUUAAAAAAUGAGUGCUCAAUGACAUAGAGUUUAAAAAUAUAGAUCCUUCGAGUUGAAUAAUAAAUAUCAGCCCAACAACCAACACCCAACUUAUUCCAAGUCCUGUUGCUAAUCAUAAAAGGUUAAUAAAAAGUACUAGAUCAAAAGAAUUUGUAUAUAGCUAAGAUAUUUAUGUUUAAUUAAUUAUUAUGUUAUUUGUUUUUUCACUUGUAUACUUUGUUAAUUGUUCACUGUGAAUGCUAAUGAAUUAUAAAUUUAAAUGUUGUUACUAUAUUAUUUAUUGAAUUAGAUCUAAUAUUAUUUAUUAUUAUGUUCUAUAUAAUUAAAUUGUUUUGUAAUUAUGAAUAUAAGAAAAAAUAAAAUUGUAAUAAUAAAAAAGAUGUCCUAGGGUAAUGGAAAUUGUUGCAACCACUGUUAUAGGUGAAUUAAUGUAUAUCUGUAAUCAGUUCAGUUGAUAGUAAUGCUUUGUCAACAAUAUAUCAAUAUAUAAGUCAUAUUAUGGUAAAAUAACUAAAUAGGCAAUAUAUAUUUUUUUUAAUUAUAUUUGUUUAUUAUUGUAUAGAUUAUCUCCGUUUUUUUUGCGUUUUUCUCGGUUUUCCCAAGUUUUUUCUCGGAUUAUCACAUUUGCUAAUAAAACUGUCGGAAAAAUCGAAAAAUAACCCUAAUGUACCUUUCUAGUCAGAUUUUCUUUCAGAAAAAGCGCUAUCAUUGUAAAUCGAACCAAGAUUACUGGUAUAAAAGUUGUACACAGAAAUAAAAUAUCAUAAUAUUUUUUUACUAAUACUUACAUUUCGUAUAUUUCCCGUUUUUCUGACAUUUUAUCCCGGUUUUUUCCUAGUUAAUAUGAAAACCGAUUGAAAAAUCACAAAAAUUGCCUCCUUAAACCAUAGAGAAGAAAUUUUCUUUCAGAUAAUACGCUGCACUUGAUACAUGAGAGCAAGAUUUCGGGUAGAAUAGUUUGCACAACAAGGUAUUUUUCGAUUACUAGUGAUAUCUAGGUCCUAGGUACACUUAAAAUGCAUUUCUUUUUUUGCCUAUUAAGGUAAAAGAAAAAAAAAAGUGCAACAAAUUUCUUUUUAAAACCUGGGUUUAAACCCACGACCAUUAGUAUAACAAUACAUACUCAUGACCAUUCGACUACAACAAACAUAUAGUUAAACGUGUUGUCAAAAAUAUAUAAUUUAAUUAUGUGUGUACUCAAUAAAAAAAAAUUAUACUUCUCUUUGCAUUUACCUAAUUACCAUUACAAUAUGAAUUAAUCAAAUAAUAUUAAGUACACAAUAUAACAGAUGGAAGUCAAAUUAUAAUAUAAUGUUUUUAGUAGAAUUACAAACAAAUUUAAUUUACGGUAUCAAUUACUCAUUAUUAUAUUAUUACAGUUGUAUUCAAAUAUUAUGAAAUUAAAUUAAAUAUUCAUUUUUAUUAAGGUAAGAAAUUUAUAGCACUCGACAUUUCAAACAAAUAAUCAGGCAUUUUUUUUAUUUUGAGUAAAAUGAUGAAUGUUUUAGUUUUCCUAUGAAGGUUUUAGUUUCUGAGCAAAGUGAUGAAAAAAUUGGUUUCUUGCUCCUAAUUUUUAAGUGUAGCACCUUUCCUGAAAGGAAAUCGGAUUGGGGUGGUACUUUAAGGAGGUAUUAUUUUGAUUAUCUCAGCUGUUUUUAUAAUAAAUAGUAUGAAUGUAGGAAAACCGGAAAAAUAGGGAAAAUAUACAAAUAUUAUUAAAGAAUAUAUAUAAUACAUAUAACAUAUGUAUAUUUUACAAUAAUAUAUUGUUGACAAAGCAACACUAUUAUACCGAACUCCACUCAGAAACGUGUUUUAUUAGUAGUGAUUAAUCGUUUUGUAUAAAUAUACAUUCAAUUUCUUAGAUACCUUCCUAACUUCUCUCCUAAAACAGUGACUAAUCCACAUGUUAAGUAUGUCAGUCUUUUUCUUGUUUCUUUUUAAAUAUUGUACCUUUUUAUAUAGAGUUUUAAAGUUCUAAUGUUACCUAUAUUUUGUAUUAGGUAUAUUAAUUUUGUCACGAGUACCAGAUUAUGAAUAGAAAUCUACUAACAUAGAUGUGCGCAGGAUAUUUUCUUGGGAUGUGCCAUACAAAAAAUGGUCCGUUAUUCCUUAAAUUUAAGUGGGCCUUAAACCCCCUCCCCCUGGUCUUAGUUGUAUAAGACAGUGAAUGCAGUUUAUUGUUAUGUUGUAAUAACCUAAUGUUAUUUUUGGUUACAAUAAACAAUUGUUAUUAUUAUUGUUAUUGUUAUCUUGCUAGAAAUUUAUAAUUUCAAAAUCCUAUUAUUCAAUCUGGUUCAAUCAACAAAUGUUUAUUAUUAAAUAUAUAUUUUUAGAUACUAUGAGCAAAGGAAGAAUGAAGAGGUGAUAAACAUGUUAGAGGAUUCGGACAUAAAAGCUACUAUGAAAAGCAAAAGGAUAAGCUGGGCAGGGCAUAUAUGGCGAGGCCAAGAGCAGACAAUUGGCCAAGUCAUCUACUGGAAGCCAAAGAGCAAAAGACCACUCGGCCGCCCAAGACAAAGAUGGGUAGAUAGGGUCCAUAAAGACUUGGAUAUGCUGGGAAUUUUGAACGGUGAAGAGCUAGCCACGGAUAGUGACAGAUGGAGGGAAGUAGUGGUUGCGGCGAAGGACCUGAAGGGUCUGUUUUAA